CAGCACUCCACUGCAGAGGACUUAUUAACAAUCCACAAUUACGGGACGCGCCUUCCCUUUGAGGCUUGUUUAUAGGUCAGUACCUACCUAGGUACCUCGGAUCCGUGAAGUGGAUAUGUGGAUAUGGCACGUCUACCAACAGUGGAUUGUGGAGCAAGUGGGCUUUAUGCUAAAGCGAGGUUUCCAUUACCUAUCUCCUGCCCGAUUCAGGUCACCAUUGCAUGUGCCAGCUAACAGAUAUAAGUAGAUGCCCACAACUCCUCUUCCAAUGACUCAAAUUUUCCUUGGGCAAAACGGGUCUUGUUCGGGUCUCCCAGAUAAAAUAUGGUCAACAAACAACAGAUGCUGAUGAUUGAGAGAACGAUCCUCACAUAUGCCCCUCGAGUCACAUGCAUACUCCUUGCUGUCAGCAAUGCUAUCUUAUACAUGUGGGAGGUCGACCAAGCCACUUCGCAAGCGGUCUUGUUUGCGAACGCUCUGAUCCUUGGAUUUCUGGCUCUGAGUCUUCAUGGGCCGGGAGAGCUCAGAGCUUCGGAGGAUGAAAUUAUUGUGGAAAAAGUGAUGUAA